AAUGUGCAAGGUGUGCAUAGAUAACCUUAUUUUCCGACUGUGACAUGUCGCUCACUCAAAUAUAAACAGCAAAUAAUAAUUCGGUUCUCAUCGCAUUUAUAAUUAUAAAAAGAAUUACAUAUCAAGUAGAAGCAAAGCUGUGACUAAAUCCAGCGUGCGGUGCAGUAUCAAUGUACUGCUCGAAGGUCUCUCAUACACGGAAAAUGUCAAUUAUCGGUUUCGAUCGAUGCCACGACGAACAACGCAAACGCCGUAUCGAAUGUCGCGGUUAAGGCUCACGGUUUCUCCAAAAAUGUUUUUCAGUUUCAAUGGUGCCUCAUCUGUUUGAAAUGUAAUGGAAGGUUUUAAUAACCAUAGCAAAUAAGAGAACAACAAGCAGCAAGGAAAGAAACUUUUGCAUUCUUAUGAACGGAUACAACUUUCAUCCAUGGGGAGACUAAGGAACAAAUACAGAAUCCAAGCAUGAGAAUCGAAACAGCCAGCCUGUAAGCAUGACCAGAUCGAUAUGAAGGAACGAAGACUAUAUAUUGUAACAUGAUACGUCCCUUUUUGGAAGAAGAUGCCUGGUGUUACUGGGUUGUAUCUGUCGGAGCUUUAUUAUCCUUUCUAGGGUUCAUUGCUGCGUGUAUUUGCAGCUGUCGGCGUAGUGAGACAAAAAACGAAUUUCUCGGACUGGCUGGUAUGGUAACGUUGAAUAGUGCGGAGAACGAGAGUUUUGCUGGAAUCCCGAACGAUGUCUCCACACGUGCUACUAGCCAGGAUACUGCCGACAUUGGAAGAAGGACGAUUGGCGCGAAUAGAAGUCUUCCAGAUAUACCAAAGGACAAGAGACACGAUGACACGGCCGAAUCGGUGUCACAAGAUAUUUACGAAAUUACGGAAACGACUGCCGACAAUUCGGAGUUGUACGCCACAGUACAGGGCGCAGGUCUCACGGUAGAAGUGUCCGAACACGAGAUACAACAAGUGAAUCAACAAAACUCUUCGAUCCGAAAGAACUCAACUCGUCGGUACUCGAGAUUCGUGUCCGUCGCAUCUGACAAUGGUACGAACGAAGUCGAGCAUCCGUACGCUCAACUUAAAGAUGUGCAGAAGACCGAGGCUAAUCAAGGCUCGAGUAGGGACAAUGUUUGGUCUACGAUCGACACCAGAAUACCAUCCGCGUCCACGAGUCAAGAUGGUGAAAAGAAUCCGGUUGCACCGCCAAGAACUCGUCGAUCGUCAUCUCACAAUUCCCUGCUUUCCGACGACAUCGCUUCUCGCGGUGGCGAGAUUCAAGCAGCGAACGCGAUCUCGGGUGGAGUGCAAGCGAAUCAAGAGUUACCGUACAUGACACCACCGCUGUUAAUGCUAUUGCCACCGUCGCAGUCACAGUCACAGUCACAGUCGCAGUCGCAGUCGCAACCACAAUUGGAGACACCGUCGCAAUCCCAAUUAUUACAGUUACCGCAGCAACCACAAUCGCAACCCCAAUCGCAGUCACAAUCGCAGACACAGUCGCAGUCGCAGCAAACGCAACUGUCACGGUCUUCUCAACCGCAACCAACAAGUCCCCAACAACACUUUAGCGGGGAUUCUCAAGACUCGAAAGGAUACACCAGUAUAAGCGUGAGAGAGCCUCUGGCCAAUAUAAUUGCUCAGACGAAGACGACUUGUCGCCAAAACCAAUCCGGGCGACUGCUGACUGAUCCUCACUACGCGACCGUGUCGGAUGACUCCGACGAAAUGUACGCUGCGAUCGACGAACAAGACAAGGUAUAUACCAGCGGUAGCGAAACAUAUGCUCAGAUUCAACCGACAACGACGGAAACCCAGCGAGCCAUUCAGACCGAACAGGCGUCGUUUCCGAUGAUGUCGCGAGCUCCGUCUCGGUCGGACGAAGCGCAGUCUGCUGCACCCCAACCUCCGAGCGUGGACAGUUUGCGUCACGUGGCGCACGCACACUCUAGACAAGCUUCGUCCUCGAGCGCAAACAGCUCGAUCGUGAACCCUGGAUCACCGAAGCCGGAGAAACGUCAAGCCAAUUCUCCGUUACCGCCUCCGCCGGAAGGAAUAACGGACAUGUACGCGUCGAUCGACAAGAGAGCCAGCAAAACCGACGACCGAUCGAAAUCGAUUCUGUCCAACGGGAAGUCCUUGGAGGAUAUGUAUGCUAAAGUUAUGAAGAAGAAAAAGGAGGCUGCGGAGGAACAAUCCGAUCCGCAUUUCAAUACAUACGGCGGUAGUUUGCAUCACGAAAAUAUCGUCGGCUCUGUCGCGGGUACAGUUGCCAGGAAAACGAGCCUGGUCGAGACGAAUCGAACUUCUUGGUCCAGCCACGAAUCCGCGGAGACGCUAAGGAAGGAGCUCGAUAUCUCUGGCUGCACCUUCGCAUCCAGUGUCCCGAGCGGAAGCAUCGUUCGCGCGACCGACUCGGAUGCGUCAAAUUUGUUAAAUGUUGUCGGCGAUAUCGUUAAUGAAAAUACGGCCUCUGGAUCAGUCUCGGGAUCUGGAUCUGGAUCUGGAUCGGGAUCGGGAUCGGGAUCGGCAUCAGGAUCGGGAUCGGUCUCGGUCUCUGACUCGUACACGUCGAAGGAUUCGCGAUACAGUCACAGCAACGAUUACGGCUACGAAGCGGUCGCCUCCGAACAAUCGCUGAAGCGCGCGACGCGCGAUCUGAACUACGAGCCGCUUCGGGCGCGAUUGGAUUCGAGUUCCCCAGCAGAUACCGGUGCUUCGUCUGCUCGACACGCGUCUCGCGACGAUUUGCUGACAAAUUACACCGCGGUACCUUUGAUGAAACACCGGCAGGCCAGCAACGCAAGCAGCGAAGAUCCUGGCUACGAGAAGGUCAGGUUACGGAGAAGAAUCGAUGCGGACCACGACACCGACUCGGAGCCGAAUUACGAAAGUAUGCCGCACGAUUCGGGCGAGCCGAAUUAUGCGUCGGUUUGUCGACCAGGAGACAGCGACACCGAUCCCAACUACGAGUCCGUCAAUCACGGUGAUCCGAAUUACGAGAGCGUGAAAUACAUGAGCGUCGCUCGAUCUGUCGCCGAUGAUCCGCCCUACGAACAAGUCCACGGCUUCAAGUCCGAUCCGAAUCCGGACGGAUACGAACAGGUCAAGAAAUAUUUGUACAGCGCGGACUACGAAAGGGUACAACUGAAUCGAUCCAUGGAACCGAUCGGGAACGGAGACACCGACGACGAACAAUACGUCCAAGUCUAACUGAAACGCUAAUUUAAACGCCAAUCAUAUCUCGCCAUUCUCGAUAUUCUUCUUUCACGUUUUGCGGUCCGCCGCUGCUUUCAUCUAUAUUUUGAAGCAGCGCAGCAAUUUCAAUGCAACGCGAUGCAAAUGCUGACGAAAACAUCUUGCUAUAAUACUAUUUAUACGAUAUGUAUGCCUGAUCUGAGCAUGCACGUACGCGUACGUCUUGUACCCGCACUUGUAAUCCGUUUUAUUAAUCGGCUAUUUCUACUUCUAUACAUUUUAGUACACCGCGUUAGCUUCCGCGCAUUCUACUCGCCGCAUACUCGACCCGCGUUUCGUACUGUAUUAUAGUACAUGUAUAAUAAAUAACGCGCACUGCUUCGCUCGCAACACGGGACAAGAAUUAAUCAAGACGCACGAGCGAGAUCUUAUUUAUUCGAUCGAACGCGGUAUUUGUUUGUUGGAAUUUGGUUAAAAGUCGACGCACGCUGACCACUUUUCUCUCACUUUCGAGCUAGAUAGUGCUAGAAACUUUUCGCCGCGUUCAUCAUCUAGAUGACAGCGAUACGACUAAUGCGGUACAACUAUCGGCUAAAGUGGUUGACAAGUGACCCGUGUACGUUCUGCGUUGCUCCUUUACCACCUUAUAGCCCUCUUUCAUUUAUACUACCUUUGCCUUCUCACUUUCCGUUGCUUCCUUACGCUUUCUCAAGUAAAGCGUGACUUUGCUCGAGUUUCUUAUGUAUAUACUAUACUAUGUACGUAUGCGUACCUGUUCGAUUUUUUGUAUAGUUGCUCGACGAUCGAUUAAACGAACCCCAAUGACGGGCCUGUCGAAGCGGUACGCGCGACGAUGUGAUGCGAUGUGUGGUGAUAGCGCAAGGGUCAAAAAAUCUUUGUAUCUGUAUAUCUGUACACCCGCGGGGUACACGAGAAACACGUAAACCUCUCUCAAAUAGCCGUCAUAUUUUUCUCCAAUAGGAUCGACUUAAAAGGACAUGAGGAGAAUUUUACAACGAAACAUGCUUACUAACCGCAAUCAUUUGUAUUCUUUUAUAUCCCAUUGUAAAAUAAAACGUUUUGUAUACACAGUAAAGAAUAUCGUUUAGAAUCGAA